UCGCAGGCCACGGGCUUGAAACAGAAAAGCUUGGUGAGCUACGAGAACCUGGAACACCAGGCAAACAUUUGGACAGCUGACCUAUUUGUGAAAGAUGCGUUACUGCAGCACACGCGGUGGCGCGCAUGGCUUGGAGUUUCGGGACGUACUUUUCUCGGGCUAUGCUCUAGAUGGGGGCAUGUUCAUGCCGGAGGAGCUCCCCACCCUGUCUUCCAGCACUCUGAGGUCCUGGAGCUCUCUUUCCUAUUCGCAACUAGUUUGUGAGGUGUGCUCUAUGUUUAUUCCUGAACAGCAAAUCCCACGUCAAGACUUAAAGGGCCUCAUAUUAGAUGCACUAUCGAAGUUUUCCGUACCGGAGGCAGUGAAACUGGCUCGGCUGAAAGGAGGUCUGUCCGUCCUGGAGCUGUUUCAUGGAGAGACACUGGCUUUCAAAGAUCUUGCCAUGAGGUGCACUGUGCGCUUUCUUGAGUAUUUCCUGCACAAGGAGAACAGACGUGCCACCAUCCUAGUGGGAACUUCUGGAGACACAGGGGGUUCAGCCAUCAGUGGUGUGCGAGGUCUUAGUAGUGUGGAUGUGGUGGUUGUCUUUCCGCGAGGUCGCAUCACCAUGGUACAGGAGAAACAGAUGACUACCUGCCUGGAUGACAACGUCCAUGUUUUUGCAGCCGACGGGAGUUCUGAUGACAUUGAUGUCCCUUUGAGGCAGCUGUUUGCGAAAGGGGAUCUAGUGAGACGUCAUGGUCUGAUGAGUCUGAACUCAGUGAACUGGUCCCGGAUUAUGGUGCAGUUGGCCCAUUUCUUGUAUGCCUACCUUCAGCUGAGUGGAAUUGGGGAGACAGAGGGAGACACCCUGCCAGAGCUGGAGGUGGUAGUGCCCACAGGUGGUGCAGGCAAUAUCACAGCCGGAUGCAUUAUGAGGCUGAUGGGAGUGCCACUGCGACUUGUUGCCGUGGUGAAUUCCAAUGACAUUGUUUACCGCACAGUUCAGAGAGGUGACUUCUCUAUGGCAACCAGUGUGAAGCAAACUCUGGCACCAGCUAUUGAUAUUCAGGACCCCUAUAACAUGGAGCGUGUGUUCUGGCUGUUGUCAGGGAAGGAUGGAGAAUUGGUCAAGAAGCUGAUGGAACAGUUCCAAAAGUCACAUAAAAUGUCUCUACCUGACACACUCCACAAAAAGUUGUGCACAGUGUUGUCUGCAGGCACAGUGUCUGAUGAGGGAAUAGUGGAGGCUAUGCGUCAGUGCUGGCAGGAGAACCAGUACCUGGUGUGUCCUCAUACUGCUGUGUCUCUGUGGUAUCAUUACCACUUCCCACUUCACUCAGGAAUGAACAGGUGUUGCAUAGCAACAGCAUCUCCAGCCAAGUUCCAGGAUGCUGUUCAGAAAGCAGGGCUGAAUAUUGAUCUCCCAGAAGCUGUGCAGGCUCUCGCGACGAUGGCAACUCGCUAUAAAAACCUGGAGAAGGGAGAGGAUUGGGAGGCCAUACUGAGAGAAUUUAUAGAAUCUGUUGGCUCUGUGCGACAGCGUGGAGAGUCAUUUUAUAUAUCUGUCCAACAAUAAGCUGAAAUAAGAUUUCUGCAUGAUUGCUCUAUUGUUUUUAAUACCAAGUGCCUGAUUUAUGAAAGCCUUUAGGGUGGGCAAUUUUUGCUGACUUAUGCAAAACAAGUGACCUGGUUGGUCAUUGGUCAAGGUUUUGGUGGUGCACCAAUCAUUGCUUUUGCACUUGCAGAUAAUAUAAGCAUAUGGAAAAUAAGUUGAUAAAUCUGACUUAAAUAUAAUGGAAUACAUAAUCAAAUCAUUCAGGAGAAUGAGAUGAUUCAUCAUAAUGAGAUGAUUCAAGAGUUUGUAUGCCAAAUAGGGCAAGUUUCUUUUCCAAGUUUGUCUUUCUUUAACAGUUCUUGACCUGCUCUUUAACCAUGUGAGUAAGGAUGCAUCCUUGAGAGAAUCAAAGGUGAAGAUUUAUCUCUCCAACAACAGUGUCAUUUAUUGUAUGGUGAUGCAACCGUUCUGUCAAGCUUGUGAGGAAG